AUGGUCAAUGGUUUCCUGCUGCUAUUGGAUCAUGAACUCAUGUUGGCAGAUGACUUCCUUCAGGGGAGCAAACUCUGUUGCGUCAGUGGAUGGUUCACUCUUCCCGUCAGGAAGCGCGGAGGAGACUUGACUGAAGAGCAGAGCAGCGGAGAUGAAUUAGAGGUUAUUAUCGGCAGUUUUGCUACAAUACUGCCAGUUCAGUUCAGUCCAGUUGGAGAGUGCAGUUCGGGAAGCUGGAAGAAUCGAGGAAAGUUGGUGUUGUCGGCUUUAAAGCAGGUUCGACCUUUAUUUAAUCUUCGUUUGGAAGGUUUAUCUUCAGAAGUAUUUAUUAGAUCUUUGGAGCAAACAUCAACAGCCAGAGACAAAGGGCUUUGCAGCACUUGGGGAAGUGGAGCAUUCAGGACCUUUGAUAACUCAUUUUACUAUUUUAAGUCAACCUGCAACUACAUUCUGAGUCGCCAUUGCAAGGGUGGCACGGAAGAUUUUAACAUCCAAAUCCGCCGAGGGCCUGCUGGUAACUUGGAUCAUGUAUUCAUCCAGAUAGAAGGUGUCAGUGUUCUUAUAGUGAAUGCAACAAUCGCCGUACAAGAUGUAUCAGUAAGCCUGCCAUAUAACAAUAAAGUAAUUAGCAUCCAUAAACAUGGAGUUAACACCAGACUUUCAAACAGGAAGCAUACUAUUUCAGUAAACUGGAAUGGCGAUGAUGCAUUAUGGAUAAAUGUUGAUGAGAAAUAUCAAGAACAAUUGUGUGGUCUUUGUGGGAAGUUUGACAAAAAUGGCAGCUCUGUUUAUGAUUUGACAUUUUUGGACAACAAUAAAUUGGAUGUUCUGGGCCAUGUAUGUUACAGCACCAUGCCUUCAGAGUCAACAUGUAAUGAAAGCUCUGAAUGUCUGCCAAUUAGAUCAGUCUUCACAUCUUGUGUUGAGAACUACUCACAAGAUUACCUCAAGAUGUGUCAGGCAGAUGUCUGCAGCUGUGAAAAAACAAACUGCCAAUGUGAUUCUUUUGAAGAAGUAGUACGACAAUGUAAUAAAGGAAAAGGCGCAAAGUGGAGGACUUGGAGGAAUGAGACAAAGUGUUCACUGCCCACAUGUCCGAGAAAUCAGAUUUAUCAGGAGUGUGGUUCUGCCUGCAUUCCAACUUGUACUGAUCCAGAUCCUCAAUGGCAAUGCGAUCAGUGUGUGAGUACAUGUGUCUGUCCAGAAGGCCAUCUUCUUGAUAACAUAAGGGGUACUAACAGAUGUAUCGUCAAAGGUGAGUGUCCUUGUGAGUAUGGUGGACGGCUUUAUCAAUCAGGAGACAUCAAGAAUACAACUUGCCAGUCAUGCAUUUGCAAAAGUGGAAGCUGGUCAUGCUCUUCUCGUAGUUGUCCUGGCACAUGUGCAAUUGAAGAAGCAACUUAUUUUACAACAUUUGACAACAGAUACUAUAGUAUAACUGGAGAUUGUUCAUACUAUGCUGUGGUUACCGACAGUUGGACCAUCACGGUUGAGAUUCGCCAGUGUCAAGCAGCUUUUAAACAGACUUGUUUACAGCGUGUGACGCUAGCUACAAAUCAAAUGUCUUACGUGUUCAGUAAUGAUGGCAAGGUAUAUUCUAAUGGGCAAGCACUUGGAAUUCCAGUGAAAACAGGUGAAAUAAUAAUAUUUCAGCAGUCUUCUAUGUACAUUCAAGUUGCAACAGCAUUUGGACUGAAGAUGCAAGUGCAGAUAGCACCUCUUAUGCAGCUUUAUAUCUCACUGCCCGUGAAUGCAAAAGGAUCCACAAGAGGUUUAUGUGGCACUUUCAAUGGUGAAGCAGAAGAUGACUUUCUAUCUGAACAAGGCAUUGUGGAGAGCACACCUAUUACAUUUGCUAAUUCCUGGAAGACAGAAGAUCGUUGCCUUGAACCAACAAUACCAUCCCCCUGUGUCAGCUCAGAAAAUGAAAACUAUGCCAAGUUACAUUGCUCUCAGUUGAAAGACCCAGCAGGUGCUUUCUCCAGUUGCCAUUCCACAGUGGAUUACUUAAAAUAUUACCAGAUGUGUGUGGCUGCUACCUGUGCCUGUGAGAAUAUCAAUGACUGCCUGUGUGCAGCAUUGGGAGCCUAUGUCCGUGAGUGUGCUGCUAAUGGUGUCAUCGUGAGAAACUGGACAAGAGGCAUUUGCAGUAAAACAUGCGUCAACACUCAGGUCUUUGAAAAUGACAUGAGAGCCUGUAACCGUACCUGUAGAUCACUAACAGAGUAUGAUUACACGUGUGAGGUCAAGGAUAUUCCUGUGUUUGGCUGUGGCUGUGCUGAAGGAAAGUACAUGAAUAGUGCUGGGACGUGUGUUGAUAAAUCAGAUUGCCCUUGUUACGCUGGUGAACUGGUUGUCAAUAAAGGACAAAGUACGACAAUAAAUGGUAGAAAAUGUAAGUGUGAAAAUGGGAAAUUUCAUUGUACUGCUGUUUCUAGAGCAACCAACAAAGGGUGUCCGAAUGGAAAACUGUACAAUGAUUGCUCCCAGACAGCUGGAGAAAAACGGCACGUUCAAAGAUCAUGCAGAACCCUGAGUAUAAAUAUUGUAAAUGCAAAUCACUCUUGUACUGCUGGCUGUGUCUGUCCUGAUGAUCUUGUGGAAGACGAGAAUGGAAGAUGCAUCCCUGCUGAGCAGUGUCCCUGCCCGUUUGGAGGAGAAAUUUAUCCUUCUGGAGAAAUAAUUGAUAGAGACUGCAAUCAAUGUAAAUGCGAAAAGGGAAAAUGGAAAUGCACUACACACAAAUGUUCAAAGACCUGCCAGGUGUAUGGAGAUGGUCAACAUAUGACCUUCGAUGGAAAAAGAUACAUGUUCGAUGGCAAUUGUGAAUACAUACUCGUUCAGGACCACUGCAAUCAAGGAGAAGGAACAUUCCAAAUUUUAACAGAAAGUGUUCCAUGUUGUGAAAAUGGUGUGACAUGCUCAAGAAACAUCAAAAUUUUAUUUGCGGAAGUAGAGUUUCUUCUUACAGAUGGAAGAGUGAUAAGGACAGAUAAGUCUCGUCAAGCCCAGUGCCAAGAUAAUUCUUACUCAUUUCAAACUGUUGGACUCUAUAUAAUCCUUUCAUUUUCAAAUGGAGUCACUGUGAUAUGGGAUAAACACACAAGGCUUUCGAUAGCAUUGGACACAAAAUGGCAGAACAAAGUAUGCGGCCUGUGUGGAAAUUUCAAUGAGGAUGUCGCAGAUGAGCUAACAACAAAGGACAAUUCUUUGGUGACUAACACCGCAAGGUUUGGAAACAGUUGGAAAUCUUCAUCAUCUUGUUCAAAUACACUGAAUCAAACAUUUCCCUGUGACAGAAACCCAGACUGCUUAGCAUGGGCUCAGAGGAAGUGUAACAUACUGAAGGAUGAUGUUUUUCAAAAAUGCCACAAAAUGGUAGACCCAAUCCCAUACUAUGAAGCUUGUGUCCAAGAAGCUUGUGCCUGUGACAUGGAAGGCAAAUAUCUUGGUUUCUGCACUGCUGUAGCUGUGUAUGCAGAAGCUUGUACUAAAGCUGGAAUUUGUAUUCAUUGGAGAACACCAGACUUGUGUCCUGUGUACUGUGACUAUUAUAACUCCCCCAGUGACUGCAGUUGGCAUUAUUAUCCUUGUGGAUCAACAAAGACAAAAACUUGCUCUGACCAUACCAUUGGAAAGGACUAUUCUACAUUUCUUGAAGGUUGUUAUGCAAGAUGUUCUGAAAAUGCUCCUUAUCUGGAUCAAAGCAGAAUGAAAUGUGUUAAUUUAUCUGACUGCACUUGUUAUUAUAAUGGAAAAAUUUUGCAGCCAGGCGAUCGAACAAGGAAUGAUUGUGAAGAAUGUGAAUGCAAGAAUGGAAAAGUCACAUGCAGAGAAAUAGUAUCAACAGAGAAACCAACUACAACCACACCGACCACUAUCUAUAUACCUGAAACAACCGAGAAACUAACCACUACAUCUGCAACUACCAGCUACGUAUUGGAAACCACGUCACCGGCAGAGGAGCUGACUACGACAGUAUCCACCACCAGCAAUAUAGCAGAAACAACGUUGCCUCCAGAGACACCAACAACAACUUCAUCAACCACCAGUCACAUCCCAGGAAAUCAUACAGGAUUACCAGCAAUUUGGAGUGAACCAAAUACCACCAACCCUUAUGAACCGAUUUGCAAUGGAGUAUGGACACGCUGGUUUAAUAACAAUAAACCAUCACUUAAAAACAGAGCCGAUGUUGAACUUUUGGACGAAUUGCCACCAAAUCCGUGUCCUUUCUACCCCUACAACUUAAGUAACAUUCAUUGCGAAGCUGUCAAGUUCUCAAACAGGCCAAUAAAUAAAUCAGGGGACUUUGUGACUUGUGAUUUACAGAAAGGACUUGUAUGCCAUAUUAAAGUAAAUAGUUUCCCCCUGUGUCUGGACUAUAGAAUGAGGGUGUGCUGUGAGCCAAUACAGACUACAUCUACAACUGCUGCACCCCUAACCGCUCCCACAAUUUAUGAGCCCGAAGUGAGCCAGGCCACAAUCGUACCUCUGGAAUCAUGCUGGUGCAAUUCCAACCCACCACGGAAGUGCUUAGAGUCAUGGAAAGAAAACUGCACAACAAUUACUUGUAUUAAAGGAGACGUAUAUAAAAUGGAUCCUGUUGUCUGUCCAAAACAAGAUAAACCGACAUGUAAAAAAGGAAUCGAACCUAUAAAAGUUAGCAGUGAAGAUGGAUGUUGUGAACAAUGGGACUGUAACUGUGUAUGUGAAAUAUGGGGAGAUCCACAUUAUAGGACGUUUGGUGGUGUGAAUUAUAACUUCUUUGGAAAUUGCACAUAUACACUAGUGGAAGAAAUAGUUCCAAAAUACAAUUUGUCGAUUGUGUUGGAUAAUUAUUUUUGCCUCCCCUUUAUAAAUAAGUCUUGUCCAAGGGGCCUAAUUAUCUAUUACAAUGAAAAUGUUGUCCAUAUUUCAACCGGGGACCAAUAUUUGUUAACAGUUGAUGGAUCUCACGUGAGCCUUCCCCAUGUUUCAGAAACAUUGCACAUUAAUCAACUGGACACCAGCACAUACAUUUAUAUGCCUAACAUUCGAACAUCAAUUGUUGCUUUCCGCUUUGGCUUCGAGAUCACAAUAUCUGAAAAAUACUUCUUAAAUAACACCAGAGGCCAAUGUGGAUCUUGCUCCUCGAACAGCUGCGUUAGAAAAAGUGGCAAGGUUGAGCCUUCGGACUGUUGUAGUGAAACUGCACAUGAUUGGAUAGUUCCUGAUUCCAAUAAACCUUACUGUCAAUCAGCUCCUACUGAUGUGCCUUGUACUUCAGCUCCUCCUGAAACAGCAUGCCAAGAUAAGAUUUCAAUCUGUGACAUCCUUCGAGAAGAGCCCUUUGAAAAAUGCAGAAGAAAGAUCAACCUGAGUGAGUAUGUGGAGUCCUGUACCUUUGACCAUUGCACUAUGAAUUCCACCGCGGACUGCAGCAGCCUGGAGACUGCAGCCUUGGCCUGUGCGGAUGCGGGUGUGUGUGUGGACUGGAGGAGUUCUACAAACGGAACGUGCAAAUACAGCUGUGAGCCAGGUUUAGUGUACAAGCCAUGUGCAACCAAGAGCGAUGACCAAUGUGAAAAUAAUGAGGUGACAACUGGAGAAAAGUUCAGCACAAUUGAGGAAGGUUGUUUCUGUCCAGACGGAUUGAUUCAUUCCAAAGGCAAAGUCAAAUGCGUUCCCUUUUGUGAAGUUUGUCAUGACUAUUCAGGACAGCCAAGAAAGGAUGGUGAUACAUGGGAUGAUCCGAACAAUCCAUGCAUUUCCUAUUCAUGUACUCAGUACGGAGUUUUAAUCAAUAACAGGUCUUGCACUGAGGAUGAAACCUGCCCUGAGUCUCACAGAAUCUAUAUGGAUCGUUGCUGUUUUAAGUGCAGUAAACUAGAUCUCUGCAAACUCAGUAGCUUUAAUGAAACAAUAAUAUACAGAAAUUGCAGCGCAACAUUUUUAGCACAACAAUGUUCAGGACAUUGUUCGUCAGCAAGUAGGUAUGAUAUCAAGAGUAACAGCAUGGACUUAUCAUGCCAAUGCUGCAAAGAAGACUUAACUGAAGAGGUGGAAGUGAAAUUAAAUUGUGAAAAUGGAGACACCAGGACAAUCAAUUAUGUUGACAUCAAGUCCUGUAAAUGCCAAAAGUGUAAAAAUGUUACUUUCUAGCUGCUGCACAUAUCUAUCUACCAAACCAAAGAUCACCUUUUGAAAAGAUUGUACAGAAGGAGUCCUAAGUUCCUUUGCACCUCUGAGUGUUGAAUUUUCUCCCCGUUCAGAAUAUUGUACCAAAAUGCAUGACCAUACACUUCCCUGCACUACAUUCCAUCUGCCACUCUCAUUCAACCAAUCUGUCUAAUUCCCUCUGCAGCCUCUCUGUUUCCAUUACAAUAUGUGCCCAAGCUCCUAUCUUAACAUUGUCUGGAAAGCUGGCUACAAAGCCAUCAAUCCUGUCAUCCAAUUCAUUGAAGAAAUGUGGGAAGAACUUGUCCCAACACCACUAGUCACCGGCAGUCAACAAGAAAAGGCUCACUUUAUUCCCAUUCUUCACAUCCUGCCAGUCAUCCACUCUUCUAUCCAUGCUAGUAUCUUUCCUGCAAUACCAAGGGCUCCUAAUUUGUUAAGCAACCUCAUGAGCAGCACCUUGUAAAGGUUUUCUAAAAAUUGAAGUGAACAUCCACUGACUAUUCUGCCUGUUAUUUCCUCAAAGAAUUCCAACAGAUUGGUUAGACAAGAUUUCCCCUUAAGGAAACCUUGCUGGCUUUGGCCUACUUUACUAUGAGCCUCCAAGUAACCCGAAACCUCAUCCUUAAUGAUGGACUCCCAUAUCUUCCCAAGCACUGAAAUCAGGCUAACUGGCCUAUAAUUUCCUGCCUUCCCCCCUUCUUAAAGAGUGGAGUGACAUUUGCAAUUUUCCAGUCCUCCUGAAACAUUCCAGAAAAGCGAUUCUUGAAUGUUUACGCAAUCUCUUUAGUGACCUCCUUCAGAACCCUGGUAUGUAGUUGAUGCACCAUCAAUAACUCACUCUGAGACGUAAGGCAAGAUAUCGGCUUUUAUUGACUGGAAGAAGGAACCAGAAGUGAGUGAUCAUUAUACUACAUCCUGGAGACUGAGGCCGAGCAUAGGCCUCAGAUCGCCUUUAUACAGGGGUCUGUGGGAGGAGCCACAGGAGCAGUCAGCAGGGGGUGUGUCCAGACAGGCACACGUAGUUCACCACAGUAGUACAUAUGGUGCAAGUAACUUACCUGUCUUCAUACCUUUCAGCUUACUAAACACCUUCUACACUCACUUCUGCCCCCUGACAUUGUCGAAUUUUCUGCGUGCUGUUAUUGUCUUCUACAGUGAAGACUGACGUAAAAUACUUAUUAGCUUUAUCCAUCCAUUUUUUUUUUGUCCCCAUUACAAGUUAUACCUUCCCCAGAAAAGAUUGCAAUGAUCCAGAAAUCUGGAACCUGCUCCCUGCACCAACCUCUCAGCCAUGUACGCAUUCAUCUGCCAAAUCAUCGUAUUCAUGCCCUCAGCGAUGCGGUACAGGCAGCAAUCCUGAGAUUACUACCCUGGAGGUUCUGUUUUUCAGCUUCCUACCUAGUUCCUGUAUUCUCUGUUCAGAACCUCCUUCCGUUUCCUACCAAUGUCAAUGGUACCAGCAGUAACAUAACUUCCAGCAGCUCAUUCUUCCCCCUUAGGAAUACUGAAAAUGAAAUAUUGAAAUUAAUGUUGAGAAAUUAGCCAGAUGAUAAAUAUUUAUAAAUUGAUUAUCCUAAAUCCAUCCUAAUUAGAAUUUCUUAAAAGCUGAAGAUAUCGUUUCCGAUCAAGCUCCAUUUUGGUGGUGGAAUAUUUACUGUUCUGUUAUUGUGCGUGCAUUUCAAUCUUUCUGAUCUGAAACGAGAAUCAAUAAACUUAUCCACAGAGGACAAUUUCUCCAUUAAAUACCUACAAAUGGAAUAUAUUAGUAUUCU